AUGAUUGAUCCCGAAGAAGGAUGUUCAAAAUGUAAGCAAUUUCAACAAAAUGCCUUAGAUGCUUAUGCUAUAAUAAAACGAAUGUCAACUCAAAAAAAUCGUUCAGCUUCAGAUAUGGCUGAGGUAGCAAGUUUAAAAAAAUUAAACGAUGAACAAUCACAAUAUAUUUUAAAUCAACGAAAAAUUAUUGAAAGAAUAUCAAAAGAAAAAGAUGAAUUAGAUUCUAGUAAUAAACAUUUGAAAAUAAAAAAUGAAGAAAUGAAUAGUCAAUAUAAUGAUCUUAUAUUAUCACUUGGUGAAGUUAGAAAAAAAGUUGGAGAGACAUUAACAGAAUUGUCAGAAACGAGAAAAAAGUAUGCUGAAGUUUUGAAAAAAGAAGAAAGUUUUAGAAAAUCUAUGGAACAGUUUGUAUUGUGUAAAAAGAUGUUAAUGUCUACAUUUAGUAUUAUAAAGCAAAUAAAAGCGGGUCAAAUUGGUGAUGAUGCAUAUGACACAAUUGGUUUGUCUAGUAAAUCGAAAAAAAAAGUAACUAAUACAAAAAAUAAUAAAGAUAAAAAGAAGGAAGAAAAAAAAGAAAAAAAAAUAGAAAGUGUAAAAGAACCUGACGAUGGUGAAAUUAGUGAUAAUGAUUUAGAAAGGAUUAUGUUAGCUGAAAUGGAUAUUAGUUCAUCAGAAGAAGAAGAGGAUGAAGAAGAAAAGAAUGAAGAACAAAAAAAAUAUGAAAGAAAGAAUGAAGAAGAAUCUAGUACCAAACCAAAUAUUGACAUAAUGGAAGUGGUAGAUGAAAAAAAAGAAGAAAAUCAACAAGUAACUAGAAGAAUUACUAGGAAUUCUGUUUCUAAAAAAACAAAUACAUCAAACCGUGCUCAAAAUAAAAAAAAUGAUGUUCAGAAACAGUUACCUCCAAUUGAAAAAGUUAUAAAUAAACCUACGAAAGCCACAAAUACAAUUACUGGUAGGAAGACGAAGUCUGUCAAAGAGCAAAUCAGUGAAAUGGAUAUGGCAAAAAUAAAGGAGAAAUACAAGUCUGAUAUGGAAAAAAUGAAGAAAAAUGUUGAAGCUAUAAAGAAGACAAAAAAAUAA